AUGAGGAGGAUUGAACUUCUAGAUAGACAUCUCUCAGCCCAGCCUCUUUUCUGGACUCUCAAAAAUACAGACAUCAAAGAGUUCAAAACCGUUGGAAACCUCAAAGGCAAGACCAUUGUCAUUUCUGGAGCUUCUAGAGGAAUUGGUCUAGCAAUUGCCAAAAAAGCUGCUAGAGACGGAGCAAAUAUAGCAAUCCUCGCUAAGACUGCUGAGCCUCACAAGAAAUUAGAAGGAACCAUCUAUUCAGCAGCAAAAGAAAUAGAAGAAGCAGGCGGAAGAGCUCUCCCUAUAAAAUGCGAUAUAAGAUUUGAAGACCAAGUAAAAUCUGCAGUUGAGCAAACAGUUGCUACCUUUGGCGGAAUCGACAUUCUCAUCAACAAUGCUUCCUAUAUUUCUCUCACUCCUACAUUGGACACAACCAUAAAAUCUUUUGAUUUAAUCAACCAAAUCAUUGCAAGAGGCACCUUCAUGCUUUCCAAAUAUUGUAUCCCACAUUUGUUGAAGGCACAGAACCCUCAUAUUUUGAUCAUGUGGUUCUUUGGAAUAAACAAAAUAAUUUUUUCAAUAAUUUUUUGGGAUAAUAUUAAAAAAAUUUGAUCAUUUCAGCACCACUUAAUAUGGAUCCAAAAUGGUUUGCGCCACAUUUGGCAUAUACGAUAUCGAAGUUUCAAAUGAGCUUAUGCACGCUAGGGCUAAGUGAAGAAUGGAAAGGACAAAUUGGAGUAAAUUCGCUAUGGCCGAGAACUGCAGUGGCUACUGCUGCUAUAAAGCAUGCAUUGGGUGGAGAGCCUAUGAUGCAAAGAAGCAGAAAAGUUGACAUAAUGGCUGAUGCUGCCUAUAUAAUUAUGACGAGCUGCAAUAAACAAACGAAUGGAAAUUUCUUUAUUGAUGAUGAGGUUGUUGGGCCUCACGAUCUAAAGAAAUACAAUGUGAACCCUAAUAUCCCACUCGAAGAGCUUAUGCCUGACUUUUUCAUUAAUUAA